AUGGACCUCAUCCCACAACUCCGAAGAGCAAUCCUCGCCCAGUCCCUCCCCCCACCAUCACAGACCCUCCUCACAACACUCACAUCCCGCUCUCCCCCGCCGCCAAUCCCGUCUCUCCUCGCAACCGCCAAAGCCCGCCUCCUCGCCUCCGACCUGACAAACCCAUCCGGCACCGUCGUCGACCCUUCGAUGCCCGUGUUCCCACCAACCCUCGAUUCGGCCACCGUCCAAGAAUCCACAAUCUCGCAAAACACGCACGUCCAGGUCCUCGACAUUGAGAAUCUGAGUCUGAGCCGCUGGGAACAGGUCGAGGAGCUCGAGGCCAUUGAGCGAGGCGAACGGACGCGCGGACGACAAGUCAUCAGGGUAACUGACGAGGAAAACGGCGAGGCUGACGGGUCUGCGGAACAGACGCAGGCUUCUCGAGCUGGUGCCGCGGCUUCGGGCGUAGCGAAUGCCGUGCAUAGGUUGGUGCUGCAGGAUGGACGCGGCAAGAAGGUGUUUGCGGUGGAAUUGAAGCGCAUCGGCGGAAUCGGGAUAGGCAAGACGUACAUUGGCGAGAAGAUUCUGCUCAGGGCCGGCGCGGUGGUGGCGAGGGGGACGGUGUUGCUGACGCCGGAGACGUGCACGCUGCUUGGAGGCAAGAUUGAUGCCUGGCACGAGGCGUGGAUGGAGGGAAGGUUGGCAAGGCUGAGAGAGAGUGUGGGAGCGGACCGGCCGCAGUGA